AUGAAAUUAAAAAUAGACAGAGGGCUCCUGCCCAUAAAGGCGCACUUUUUCUUUUUUUUCGCGGCCCUGGGCCCGAUACUCCCACAGAUCAAUGUGUUCGGACGACAGCUGGGAGUGUCUCCCUCAGUCAUGGGGAUGGUGACAGCAGUCCUACCACUCUUGUGGGCAGCUGCGAAACCUUUGUUUGGAUAUAUUGUGGAUUUCUGGCCGGCACACAGAAAACUAGUCUUCAUGCUACUUAUAACAAUAAUGACGGGAUCAUACUGCUGCCUCUGGUUUUUACCGAUGCCCGAACCAAAGACUGACACCAAACUAUUAGAAUCAGUCUAUCGCCUAAACGACACGAUAUAUUUAAAACAAAACAUAAACGACAGUUCGUUAGAAAAAUACAAAUGUCAUUGGAACUGCACUUUGGCGGGAAAUUUUGACGUUUACCUGUCAGAUACGCCAUUUGUAACCACAGUGUAUAUAGACGAUGUAGUAUCUAAUACAUCCUGCUCUGUUUUGUCUAUGGAUUUUGAUGAUAUUCAAAAUGGCGAUGUUAUGUGUUUACCGAAAGAUAAUUGUAAUUUACUUUGUUAUGAGAAUGAGAGUGAUAUUGGAGGGAAUAAGACUAGAAGAAGUGUUGAAGAUUUAAAUGGGAAUAGUACUUUAAGUGGAGAUGAGAACAAAAAUGAUAAUUUUUAUAUGACUGCUGCGUUUUGGGCGUUCGUUAUUUUAAUGUGUGUUGGUACUGUUGCGUUCAAUGUAGCCAAUUGUAUUGGUGAUGCUGUCUGCUUCGAUGUUCUCGGGCCGGACCGAGGCUCGAAAUACGGGGCCCAAAGAGCUUGGGGUACCGCGGGGUAUGGUUUGACAGCAUUACUGGGUGGGUACUUGAUUGACAGCGUGUCUGGGGGCAAGGAGUAUAAGGACUUCACUCCAGCAUUCGUAGUGGCUUUAAUAGCGACUUCCAUUGAUCUAUACAGCUGUCGAGCCCUUACUUUACCCUCUCUAUCAAGCCCCGAAGACUCCGGCAAGGCGUUGCGCGAUGUCCUGAAAAUACCUAAAGUCAUAGUUUUCAUUAUAUUCGCGGUUGUAGCUGGAACAUUCGACAGUUUCAUCAUUUAUUAUAUGUUUUGGUUUUUAGAAGAGCUAGCGGAACAGACAGGUCACACUGGCAAGAUUAAACUGAUAGAGGGCGUUGUGGUCGCCGCCGAAUCUUUAAUAGGAGAACUGCUGUUUUUCUUUUUCUCCGGUAAAAUUAUAAAGCGGUUUGGAUACGGCACCACUUUAACAGUCUCACUGCUGUGUUACGGGAUCAGAAUGAUCUGUAUAUCACUCAUACAGAAUCCUUGGCACCUUGUGUUUGUUGAGGGUAUACUCCAAGGUCCCACAUACGCGCUAUGCUACUCCACUAUAGUUGGGUACGCGGCCCAUGUGGCUCCUGAAGGAUAUUCAGCCACUGUUCAAGGAAUCGUGGCGGGGAUGGACGAUGGAGUAGGUUUUGCAAUUGGAUCCUUAGUAGGAGGUCAACUGUACAGUUGGCUAGGAGGUCGGACCUCUUUCAGGGUGCUAGCGGUCACAGCCAUCAUAGGAUCAGGCAUACACGCGGUCCUAUUCGCUGUUGUAUCGAGAAGCGACGAGAGAGCAGCUCAAAAAGCAUCAGAGGCUACGCCUGAAGCGCAAAAGAUGCUACAGGAGCGCAGUAACGCCAUCUACAAUGACACCGUGGUACCACUGAACGGUGAAGAGAAGUUUGAUAGGUAA